AUGAGUCGUUCAUGGCGAGGCUCCGAGCACAACAAAGAAUAUCUGGCAGAACGGCUUUUGAGUCGAGCACCAAAGAUUUCCCAGAGGUCAAAGAAGGUGCGGAGGGUCCCAGGCUCCAGUGGACACCUGCACAAGACGGAAGACGGGGACUGGGAGUGGAGCGAUGACGAGCUGGACGAGCGCAGCGAGGAGGGCCAGGCCGCAGUCACCCAGGGGAGAUCACGAAGGCUCAGAGACGAAGCCAAAGAAAAUAAUGAGGAGAACGCAAACAAUGUCGCUCUGGAAGACUUGUCCCUGCAGCAUCCAGAGAUCGAGCCGUUCGACCGCAGCUGCGACAGUCAUGGGGCUCUCAACAUGGUGCUGAGGCUACGGAACUCCAAAAAGGAACUGAACGACAUCCGCUUUGAGUUCACCCCCGGCAGAGACACAGCGGAGGGCGUCUCCCAGGAGCUGGUGUCCGCCGGCCUGGUCAACGGCCAGGACCUUCUCGUAGUGGCCUCAAACCUCCAGAAGAUUGUGGAUCAUCCCACCACCUGCAGAGGGCUGACCUUCAAACUGGCCUCGGGCUGCGAUGACUCGGAGACCCCAGACGAGGUGAAGCUGAUCGGCUUUGCUCAGCUGAGUCGUAGCUGA